AUGCCUUUGAACCUCGCACCGGAAUGGCUUGCCCUGGAAGAGACCCUGGGAUUUCGGCCGUUGGUUACGGGCAACACUAUCAAGCAAAUAAGAGAGAAUAUCUCGAACAUGACAAAGAACGCGCCUUUGCCAAAGAACGAACCAAGUCUUAACAUCGAACUCAUCCAGAAACUGUGUCUGCAUGCCCAGGUUCCCUUCGUGUCUGUCGAGUAUCGGCUCGCGCCUGAGCAUCCGUGGCCUGCAUCAUUGGAGGAUUGUGUCGCUGCUGGAAAAUGGGCAAUCUCCCAUUUCUCAAACUCGUCAGCUAGUCACAACGCAGUUCCAGAACUGCUCCUCUGUGGCGUCUCUGCAGGAGCCCAACUAGCCUUGUCCUCGGCCAUUGCUCUACAUUCACAGAACGUCUCCAUCCGCGGUGUCAUUGCUCUAGCUCCUGUGGUAGUUGCUGAGAAGGCGGUGCCUCCCGAUAUGCUACAUUCCUACAAGUCGAUGGAGGAAAACAAAGAUGGUGCGAUUAUCGACAAGGCUGUUUUGGACAUUUUCAUGGAUGCCAACGGCCAUGAACCAUAUGACAGCACUUUCUCCGUGCUGCUAUCGCCAUCUUUGGCCACGUUGCCGCGAACCUAUCUAGUCACUUGCGGCGCUGAUAGCCAGAUAUGUCUACAUCAAGUACCUACUAUCGGCCUGUGCAACGUAUUGCACAAGCCUGUUUUCUAUGCAGGAUAUGAUACUCACAUCCUGCUCUCCAUCACAGACGGAGAAAGACCCGGUGCACCGGUGAGCGGCCCAGGUGCGAGAGCUGCAGACGUUUGGCACAGUGUAGAAAUCACCACGCGGCUCGACACGAUCGAACAACUCCUAAAGAGCCUCAGCGAGAAGAUGGAAUCCGAAUCUGACCGACUUCUCGAUUCUCACAGCGGAAAGGCCAUGUCAGAGUCAUCUCGAACUGGAAAUAGUCAGGUCGAGUCCUCUAGCAGGAUCUCUACGACGGGGACAUAUACAGGCCUUCCGGCCAACGGCAAUGGUUCCACAAGUUCGGCUCUGACUGGUGCCAUGGAAAGCACCGCUGGACAGACAGAUUUCCUCAGGCUGGCGCCGCUGCCUGUUCUUCUGGAGACAGUCGACAUCUACUUUACCUUCUGCCACAAUCAGCCCUAUUCUUUUUUCCACGAGGGCAAUUUCCGGGAUCGUUUGUCGAGAGGCGAGAUUCCCGACCACCUGCUCUUUGCCGUGUUUUCAAACGCUAUCCGAUUCUCUGGGAAUUCUUUCUUCGAGCAUACCAAGGAACAAGCAGCCACGACCCAUGCCAAUCGCUCAUGGAAUCUAAUCGUCGAGACAUGCUUUGCUGCAAACCAAAAGGCAGACAUUCGAACAGUGCAGACCAUCACACUGCUUGCAAUAUUUGAUUUUACCGCUGGACCAAGUCGACAUGGCGCUGCAUGGGUCAAAAUUGGCAUGGCAGUGCGCAUUGCUCAAGACUUGCGCUUCAUGAUCGAGCCAGGUAACCACAUACCUUUUGACGAAGCCGAAGAACGUCGAAGAACCUUCUGGUCGCUAUAUCUCCUGGAUCGCCUGGUGUCGUGUGGCCGAGGACGCCCCCCCGCGAUAUUGAAUGCUUCUUGUCAGUUACAGCUCCCCGUUGACGAGGCGACGUGGAGGGACAGACAAUGGAAAGAGACGUCGAAGCUUGAGCAAUUAUCCAACGGCGCGCAUUUGAACCCUGCGCAGCACAGCCCGUUCGCUCAUGUUAUCCUGAUAGCAUACAUUCUCGGACGCGCCGCCCAGUACAUGCUGCAGGAGUUUGGCGUCAACCGACACCCACCCUGGGACUCCAGCUCCGAGUUUGCCGCCAUCGGCUCCGAUCUUUCAUAUCUGGAGACGCAAAUGGAAAUGCACAAGCCCCUGGAGGCUAUGCUCGGGCCAUAUCGCAAUUCUGCUGGUGUCGUGGAUCAGGCGAACGCCGGGCCCAUAGUCUUUGCCCGAGCAUUGUUCCACCUGUGUAAUUGUCUACUGAACCAUCCAUUCCUGCUGAGACGCAAGAUUGCAUCAUGUAACAGGGUCGCCUCUGGCCGAUUCCUGUCCCGGGCGUUCGAGUCCGGCUUGGACUCGGCCAAGGGUUUGAUCGGACUGUUGCAGGACGCACGCAAGGCCGGCUGCAUCUCGCACACAUCGUUCUACGGCUACUGUGCCAUCAUUUCUGGUACGAUAUUCAUCAUGAAUGCUCAUGCGGCUACAGGCGACGUCCAAGUGCGUUGUUUCGAACUGCUUCAGGAAACGACGUCAUUCAUUGAAGACAUCAGUCGUUACUGGCAGAACGUCGCCACAAUGGCCCUCGCACUUGACGUGUUCGCCGCACAGACGUACCUAUUAAGCGAACUUGCGAGCGACAAGCCUGAGAUUCAGAUUCUCUCGCCCGCCGACACGGAGAUGCUGUGGUCUUUGGUCGACUAUAGUACGCUAUCCAACGGCAACAUCGCGCAACAGACGGCCAACGAGAGCCCAGACGACAGUUUCUGGUUCAACAACAACUCGUCAUGGUACGACCUAUUCAGCAGUCCCAGCGUUGCCCAGCUGGGAUUUGUAUCUCAGAGCGAAUCGGUGGCUUUUACAACAGUCCCGGGCACCGACACCAGCACGACGGAAGACAACAGGUUCGAUGCUACUCAAACGACAGAUCAAUGCUGA